UGCUCUUCCGAUCUGCCUUAAAUCAUGGCGGUAGGGAAGAAUAAGGGACUCUCGAAAGGAGGAAAAAAAGGAGUGAAAAAGAAGAUUGUGGACCCUUUCACACGUAAAGAUUGGUAUGAUGUGAAGGCACCAUCAAUGUUUGCCAACCGGCAGGUGGGCAAAACCUUGGUUAAUAGAACUCAGGGCACCAAAAUUGCCUCGGAGGGUCUUAAGUUCCGAGUGUUUGAAGUAUCUCUAGCGGAUCUUCAGAGCGACCAAGAUGCGGAAAGAUCCUUCCGCAAAUUUAGGUUGAUUGCUGAAGAUGUUCAGGGGCGCAAUGUGUUAACCAAUUUCCAUGGCAUGGAUUUAACAACAGAUAAGCUUCGGUCAAUGGUAAAAAAGUGGCAAACACUGAUUGAAGCCAAUGUAGAUGUAAAAACUACAGAUGGUUAUCUGUUACGAGUUUUCUGUAUUGGUUUCACAAAUAAAGAUCAACUUAGCACAAGGAAGACCUGCUACGCUCAGCAUGCACAGGUAAAAAAAAUUAGACAAAAGAUGGUUGAAACUAUCACAGAAGAUGUAACUAAGACCGACCUAAAGGGUGUUGUUAGCAAAUUGCUUCCUGAUGCCACAGCCAAGGAUAUCGAGAAGGCUUCGCAGGGAAUUUAUCCUUUGCAUGAUGUUUAUAUCCGUAAGGUGAAAGUAUUGAAGAAGCCACGUUUCGAACUGAGCAAAUUGCUGGAAUUGCACGGAGACGGGGGUAGUAACAAGAGCGAGGAGGUCGGGGAAAGCGGCUCCAAGAUCGACAGGCCAGAGGGUUACGAGCCACCAGUACAGGAAUCGGUUUAAGAAAAUGUAAAAGAAUUUUCUUUCACAAAAAAUAAAAUCGGUCUUUUAUCAUGUGAA